GGCAAAGUGGCCAAAUGUAGGCUGGUGUAGAAACUGUGCCUGUCUGAAUCAAAUCACAGCUCAAUGCUACACACAUACAGGGCACUGUGCUAGGUACACACAUAAACAUACAUUACACAUUCACAGCAAGACGCUACUCGCUACACGGGAAUCAACACAACAGCUACAAGCUACGGGUGAUCCCAGCCUAGAAAGACAUGGGGAAGACAUCCGCUGACGUCAUCAUCAUCGGCUCAGGCAUUAGUGGUCUGACGGCAGCCAGAGAGCUACAGCAACACAAUGUUGACGUGCUUUUACUGGAGGCCAGGGAUCGGGUCGGUGGACGAAUGUAUACCAUCCAGAACCAGAAAGCCAAGUAUGUCGACCUAGGCGCCGCCUACAUUGGUGCCACCCAAAGGCGUGUCUGGAAGCUGAUCAAAGAGUUUGGUCUGCAGACCUUCCCCACCAAUGAGAAAGAGGAUCUCUUGUACUAUGAGAAGGGCGUGAGGAAACGGUUUAAAACAAUUUUCCCGCCAAUUGGGGGACUUCUGUCAUGGCUAGACAUGAACAACAUCCUGCGUCUGUUCGAUCAGAUGGGAGCAGAGGUACCCCUCAACGCCCCCUGGAAAGCGCCAAAAGCGAAAGAGUGGGACAGUAUGACAGUUCAGCAGUUUAUUGACAAACAUGCAUGGACCAGCGCAGGCAGGUAUCUCAUCUCUGACUCGAUACGUCUCAACAACACGGUGGGCCCACACGAGGUAUCGCUGCUCUACAUCCUCUGGCACUACAGGACAGUCGGUGGCAUUCACCUGAUCAACGCCACGGAGGGCGGCGCUCAGGAACAAAAGUUGAUCGGCGGCUCCCAGCAGAUCUGUCACAAACUGGCAGACAUUGUCGGACAUGAAAACAUUUUGUUAGAGAGUCCUGUUGUGGAUAUUGACCAGACACAAGCCGAUGUUGUCGUCGUGACUGUCCUUGGGGGAGCAAAGUUCAAGUGCAAGCACGUGAUAGUCACCACGCCGCUGUCAAUCCAGGCUAAAAUUAGCUACAACCCGCCCCUCCCCCCAGACCGGAACCAGCUGAUACAACGAGUGCCCAUGGGGAGCGUCAUGAAGGCGUUCCUCUACUACGACACGCCUUUUUGGAAGGAAAAUGGCCUGUGUGGAUCUGCCAACGUGAACGAUGAUGACUGUAUAGUGACCUACACCAUGGACAACUCGGCCCCAGAUGGAUCCGUUCCUGCUCUUGUGGCUUUUAUCGUGGCUGAGAAGGCCAGGCAAGCGGGAAUGAUGACAAAAGAACAGCGCAGGAAGCAAGUGAUACAAGAUUUAGCUCAAGUUUUCCGCGAUAAAAAAGCGCUAAACCCCACCCACUAUGAGGAGAUGGACUGGUCGACGGAACAGUAUUCAGGUGGAUGUUAUUUUCUGGCACUACCGACAGGUGUUCUGACGUCAUUUGGGGAAGUUCUGAGAAGACCAGUGGACCGUGUCUUCUUUGGUGGCACAGAGACAGCCACAGAAUGGGCGGGUUACAUGGAAGGUGCCAUACAAGCAGGAGAACGUGCUGCCAGACAGAUUCUUCACCGGCAAGGGAAGAUCACUGAGGUAGAGAUUGACAAAGAUCAUUCAGAUAAGGACUUGAAACCCAAAAGACUACAGAUGAGUUUCCUGGAGAAAAAUGCUCCCAGUGUUCCUGGGUUUCUAGCUUGGCUGUCUCUAGCAGGACUAGGCAUAGCCCUUUACAGUAAACUUUGAUGGGAUAAAACCCUUUACAUUGAUAGACUAGGUAUAGCCCUUACAGUAAACUUUGAUUGUUAGAGUAAAUCCCUUUACAUUGAUAGACUAGGCAUAGCCCUUUACAGUAAACUUUGAUGGGAUAAAACCCUUUACAUUGAUAGUCUAGGUAUAGCCCUUUACAGUAAACUUUGAUUGUUAAUGUAAAGCCCUUUACAUUGAUAGACUAGGUAUAGCCCUUUACGGUAAACUUUGAUGGGAUAAAACCCUUUACAUUGAUAGACUAGGCAUAGCCCUUUACAGUAAACUUUGAUGGGAUAAAACCCUUUACAUUGAUAGAGUAGGCAUAGCCCUCUACAUUAAACUCUGAUUGCUAGAGAAAAAUCCUUUACAUUGAUAGACUAGGUAUAGACCUCUAGAGUAAACUCUGAUUGUUAAUGUAAAGCCCUUUACAUUGAUAGACUAGGCAUAGCCCUCUACAUUAAACUGAUAUCUGUGAUGUUAUUUCUCCAAUAGUGCACAGUAUUAAUUUUACACAGAGAAAAAACAUAUAACAACUAAUUUAAACGCAGAGCACCCGGUAAUUCUAUACACAAACAUUUUUAGUGUCUCAAGCUAAUUUUCAACUAUGAAUUCUAUUCACUAGUCCAACUAGUAAAUACUAAUUGAUUGUUUUAACCAUUAUUUAAUAUCAUUUAUUUACCCCGUGAAUUGUUACAUGUUACUGAAUUUGUAUUGUUUUGACAAUAUUUGAACUGGUGUGUUUUAGCCAAGAUGAUUGGGUCAAUUUUUAUGGCCCCUUGUUAUUGUUUAUUGAAUUAAUAAAGACACGCCUACCUCAA